CUUUAAUAAUGGCGUAGGUGCGUGAGUUUCUGACCGUUGGUGGAGCACUCUCGUACUUAAGAGUCGUCAAUUACUAACUUGUGUUAGUGAUUGUUUGGCGUGUUCACUUCGCUGUUCGACUCGUUGUAUACAGAACGCUAUCAGCUCCGACCCUAUGUGUGCCUAUGGCCACAAAACCGCUCCGCCCUGCGCCGCCACCACCAGUGCCGAAAGCUAGUGCACAAGCUCAAGCGCCGCCACUAGCUCAAAGAGAUAGCAACAAUAACAAGAAUGAGCGGAAAAAUGGCGUUGCACCAAGCCGGCCCACAGUUAUUCGGCCAAAGGUCGUCCAUACACCCAAGAAGAAGCCACCUCCACGACCUCCACCACCUAAGGUUGGUGGCUUCCAUUCACAAAGGAACUCUGCGCACAAUGAAUCUCACAUUGGUAGCAACACUGCAGCAGCAGAGAUUGAUGCAUUUUUCGGUUCGUCAGCGAAGAAAGACUCCUCUUGGACUACGGUGCCCAAUGGGACGUCUUCGAGCCUGUUCUCCCGGCGGACUGGAUUUGUACGUGGCCAGCUGAACCUCUUUGGCUCAACAGGAAAAGGACAGCAAAAGGGUGCGCAAGCAAAGAAAGGGCCUGCACCGAAGCAGCCUGCGGCAGGUGCAGCCAGAAGCUCAUUUCGCAAAGGUGCAGCACCUGCACCCCCCGUGCCACCCCAUCGUGUGGCUCUCUCUGGUGCUGCAGGCAAAGACAAUGGGGCGCUGCUGAUCAGCUUUGAUUCUCCGCCAGCAUCACCGACCUGUUCGGUAAACAGUGGCUCGUCUGGUGCCAGCAGCGCAGCGUCAGGUGGUGGCCCAGCUGUUAGCAAUGGAGGUUCUGUGUCGCUACUUGACUUGGAUGUGCCCCCAUUGCAGGAUGUGCCAUGGUCUGGAGCACGUGGCCUGCCCCACUCGCAAACGACUUUCUGGGGAAUGUCCCACCACGAGGGGGGUGCUGGUGAUGCAGCGCAGGAUGAUGCCUGGAACUUUCCCCGGAACACAUCCCUGCCCAGCUUGUCCCAGGAGGCAAGCCUGCCUGCUCCGUGCGACCCUUGGAGCUUUCCUGAAGCCAACAAGGCCACCCAGGAUGACAGCUCUCCGACGGAGGAGUGGUCUCCACCUCCACCAAUGCACCCACCACCGGCACCACCUUUGGAAGAGGAUAGCGCUCAGCAGGACCUUUCAGGAGCAGCUGUAGCAAGGCACGACUACCAGGCAUCUGCACCUGGACAGCUCUCGCUAAAGGUUCAUGACCUCGUUGCCCUCCUUUCUGAAGAGGGUGCCGAUUGGUACCGAGGUCGCUGCGGCAAUGAGGAAGGCCUGGUACCCAAGAGCUGCCUGGACGUACUGGUUCCUCCAAGGAGAAGUCCCAUGGAAAAUGGUGUUUCAGUGGCAUACCGCCGAGCUCUGUACGACUUCGAGGCAGAGUCCAGUCAGGAGCUGAACAUUCGGCAAGGGGAUGUCGUGCGCCUCCUCGGUGUCUUGGACGGCGACUGGGCCCUUGGAGAAGCCCAUGGAAGGAGGGGCCGUUUUCCUCUUGCAUUCCUGGAGCCCGAAGCCCAGCCAUCAGGGUGCCCAGCAAUUGCACUGUACAGCUUUAAUGCAGAACAAGAUGGCGAUUUGGGAUUCUCGGAAGGAGACACGGUGGUCGUGCUUUCUCGAAUCAACAAGGACUGGCUGUAUGGAGAAAACGGAGACAAAAGAGGGCAGUUCCCGGCUUCCUUUGUGCAACCAAUAUCAAAGAGCCCCUCCACAAAGGGUGUGGACAUCUACCGAGCUGCAUUUGCAUUUGAAGCCCAGCACGCGGAUGAACUCACCUUGCGCCCCGGAGACAAAGUCCAGGUGACCUGCAAGGUCAACAACGACUGGUGGCAAGGGCGGCUGCUGGGAUCAACUUCUAGUGAGGGAAUCUUUCCCGCCGCCUUUGUGGAAAGCCUGUCUUAAAUGGUGUCGGAUACCAAGUUCUCUCCAGGAGAAGAAAGAAACGCCUAUAAGGCGGCUAAAUUGCCUCGCCUGUGGGUCACAAGACUGGGACACUCUGAUGUUUCUUCCGAAAAUGUUAUGCACAUUGGAAACUCGUCCCUCCUGUGACUUCAACAGAGCCUUUGUACAAGUAUCAUCAUUGCAGGGCUGUGCGAGGGUACUCGUACUGGAAAAUUUGUGCGCGCGUGAACUACAGACCGUAGCAAUGUAGGUCGAACAGAUCACACCUUUGGGUGGUUGGCAUCUGUGUGUAUGCAUCAGUUGGUAGGCGUUGCCACGAAUGUGUGCGUCCAUCAUGGCGUACCGCACGUGUAGUUACGUUACCAUAGUGGCCGUGCUUGCCAUGCCUAGGUUGUGUAAAUACGUGCUAUCAUGUGUUUAUGAAACUGUUAGGGUACUGUGUACAACAUAUGCAAGUUGCCAAGGAAAUAACUGUUGUGUUCAAAGGACUGCAAGGUCACACCUUUCACGUAAAAUAGGAUGGCAUGUUCAUCGCUGGCCAUCUGUAUCAAUGUACUUGAUGCUUUCUGCGGGUACUCUUCCUCUCUGUGGGGGUUGCUUAUUUUUUUAUUUUUCGCCGCAAAUGCCCAUAGAGAGAGAUGUGCUAGCCUAGUCACUGGGACACCUUAAAGAACAAGAGAGAACUAAUGAUGCUGUAGCGUUAUCUUUUGGCUUCUGCCUCCCAUGGCCAGAGGUUGUUAUUCUUUACAAGUGAUUUGCUUGUCCAUUGAAUAUGGUAGAGCAUUUGCUUGUUUUGCAUGCGAUCAUGUUUUGUGUGCCAGGCAUAUAGUUUGUAUAGCGUCACGCUUGAAUGCGCUGCAGAAAAAGAAAUGAAACAUUCAAGCAGUGUCAUCAUAUUGAGAUCUGCUCGUGUAUUUCCAAUGUGAAGAGCGCACAGAAAAUCUACUGGAAAUCCUUGCUGAUCAAAGAAAUAUUUGGGUGCACUGCUGUGCAGCUUUCAGUGUGUGACGACAUUCCGAGUGAUGAUAUUGUGUUUCUGUCAGAGAAUGUUUGCACUUUUCUAAGUACCUGGUGAACAAAACGUGCAAACUGGACAGAAAGGUGUUUACACAUCUUUUUUUACUAAAUGACGCCUACUCGACUAGCACUGCGGCUGUCUGACGCGUCAAGGUGACUGUAAAUUUCUGAAAAUGCUUUUAUUUACAUGAAGAAUAAACUGUGCGCAGGAUAUUUAA